AUGGAUAAGUGUAUAAUGGCUGAGCAAUGUAAUGAAAACUCGAUUGCAACUCAUUCAUCGGCCGCUAAAUGGUGGCCAGAUGUUCAUGCAACUUCCAUAUGUUCAUGGACCGGUGAUGCUAAUUAUUCAAGUAACCCAACUUGCAAUAAUCCUCAUCAAAACCCAAAUUCCAAUUGUUCUGGUGGCGAAGAAGAUGUUUCUAUCUCUACUUCUUUUACAACUAACGCUUCAAACAACUCUGGGAUUAGCAUGGAGUCCUCUCGUCAUCUUGUAGAAAAAGCUUCCACUAAUGAUCCCUAUGGAGAGGCAGUUUCCGAUAAUCAUCAUCUUUGGAACCAAGUUUUCUUAGGUAUAGGAAGUACCGGACUGCAAAACAUAUCGACUCAGAUGUUUGAACCAGCCUGUGAUUACUUGAAGAAAAUAGACAGUGGAUGGGAGUUUUCAAGCCCCACAAAUCUUAAUCAGUUUCAAAAGAAUUACACCGAGUUCAACGAUGGCCUAUACCAAAGCAAGAACCCGUCAGAUGUUCAACUAAGUCCACAGUUUAAUCAAUACGGUGGUCCAUUCACAGCAAUAAAGAAUGAGCACACCGAUUGUGACAUUGAACGUCAAGGGUCGCUAUUUAGGAGAGGAUUAAGUAGUCAUGCAGUUGAUCAAUAUCAAGCAGGGAACAAUAACAAGGACUACUUCAACGGUGUGUCGGACAUGGGAUGUAACAAUGGAAGGGGUUUGUUUGAUUUGGUUGCGUUUGGUAGCUCCUUAAACAAGUCACCAUCGGAGAGUAACGUGUCUAAUAAACCCAUGGCCUUGAUGAAUACGAUGAAUCUACCAGACCGAAGGAAACCGGGAAUCCAGAACUCUAACUAUCAGCCAAUAAGACCAAGAGGCAGCACACCUGCGAAAAUCAACGGGAGAGGAAAUGGAGUUGUUAAUGAAGGGAAGAGAAAGAAAUCAGAAGACCAAUCUGGGUCAUUUAUAAAGAAGAUUAAGCUCGAGACUUCUACAGUCUCAUCAACUAAGAAUCAGCUUCCUAAAGCAAAGCUCGGGGAUAAGAUAACAGCACUUCAGCAAAUUGUUUCACCGUUCGGCAAGACAGAUACAGCUUCCGUGUUAUGGGAAGCAAUCGGUUAUAUUAAGUGUCUUCAGGAACAAGUACAGUUAUUGAGCAAUCCAUACAUGAAGACCAAUAUCAUCAAGGACCCGUGGGUACGAUUGGAAACGAAAGAUAGAGGAGAUAUGAAGCUUGGUCUUAAGAGUAGAGGUCUUUGUUUGGUCCCUGUCUCAUGUACUCCACAAGUAUACCAUGAAAACACUGGAUCAGACUACUGGACUCCCACAUACAGAGGAUAUUUCUAGAUAUAUAUAUUUGGAUAAUAUUGAGAUUUUAUUGUAUAUUAACAUUUUAGUGUUUGAAUAAUUAUGGACUUUUAUCUUGUAUAUGGAGAUUCAAGCUGUAUAAUAUAACUUUCCUGCAGAGAAAGAUAGAAGAAUACAUUGAUACGUA